AUGGCUCUCCCAAGACGGAUCAUCAAGGAAACCGAACGCCUCCAAGCCGACCCAGUCCCCGGCAUCCUCGCUACCCCCCACGAAGACAACCUCCGCUACUUCGACGUCCUCGUCCUCGGUCCCUCUCAAUCCCCCUACGAAGGCGGCCGCUUCAAACUAGAGCUCUUCUUACCAGAAGAAUACCCAAUGUCUCCACCCAAAGUCCGGUUUUUGACCAAGAUUUAUCAUCCUAAUAUCGAUAAGUUGGGGAGGAUUUGUAUGGAUACGUUGAAGGGGAAUUGGAGUCCGGCGUUGCAGAUUAGGACUGUGUUGUUAAGUGUGCAGAGUUUGUUGAGUUCGCCUAAUCCUGAUGAUCCGCUUGCUGCAGACGUGGCGAGACAUUUCAAGGAGGACGAGGAUGGUGCGUUGAGGGUUGCGAGGGAGUGGACGGAGAAGUACGCCAAGUAA